UCUUUUGCAUGAAGGUGUAUGGUUGAUGCAACUGUUCAAAGCACAUUUGAUUUGCAUUUUCAUGAUAACAUAAUGAUUUCCUUUAGAGCUUCUCAGUUGUCUUUGAAAGAACCAAACCGGUUUGCAGUAUCAUUCACCAAAUACUUAUAUAUUUGAUUUAUUUUGUGGCUCCAUGUGUGGUUGCAGUGUUUUUGAGCUCUGCUGACCCAUUUAGCUUUGGCAUGUGGAAAUUAACAGGCAUGCGUUGGACGAUAUUAUAUGCCUCACACCUAUGGCAGAAGACUGUCAACAAAGGAAAGAUGACCUCGUCCCUCCUCAUGCAGAGAGUCAUCAAUCAGAACUAAAGGAAAUCUCUGGGGCACAUUUUCAACAGCUAACACCAUCCCAACUUUCCAAAGAAAUGUUACACCAACAACGGCAAAAAUGCGAGCUAAGAAGGCUCCUGAAGCACACCCACCCAGAGCUGAAGAUGCUUGACGAUGUUGUGGAUGAGGAGUUUGCUGACGUUUUGAGCUCGGAAACAGUGACAGCUGGUGAAACCGGAUAUGAGGGAGAGGUUCUUUCAAGAUGCUUGAUAUUUGAGAACCGUGGCCUCAGUAAUAAUAUGUCUUCUUACACCCCAAAGAUCCAUACAGCAAAGGCAGCGUUGGAAAGACCUGAUUUGAGUAAACCAUCCUCUGUUUAUGAGAAGCCAAAAGAGGGAUCUUGCCCUGAGAGUGUUAAAGCAAUCAUUAAGGAUGAAAAAUCCAUUGAUUUACAGCCAGAUCUAAAGCGAGAAAGUGAGGAAGAGAUGAAAAGAAUAGAUGUUCAAGCAACAAAAAUGAUAUUUGAGAAUCAAUCUGUUAGCACAUAUAAGCAAGAUUCAGAUAAGUUUCAAAGUAACAUUAAUAUGUCUAAGAACAAGGUGAAGGUGCUCCAAAACCAAAAUGAGUCAUCUUGCACGGAGACUCUACACAACAGUAGCGAAUGCAAGAGCGUCAACACAGUGUCAUGUGUUAAUGCUUUUGGUCUACGGACAGAACUUGACUCUGGUGAAAAGGUUCACAGGGACGAAACACUCUUUGAGCAGGAGUUUACAACCUUUUCUGAUUCGGAGAGCCACUGUGAGACGAUAAAAACAUCUCCUUACCAAGACAACCCUUUUAUCUCAACAAACAUGGAAAAAGAGCACUCCUAUGGGCAUGAAUCAAAAACUCAGAAUCAGGACAGUGCGGUAGGUGAGGACUACUUUACUGCCAAUGUGAAGAAAAGAACCCAUCUGUUUGAAUCAAUGCCAUUUGACAAGAUUAGGCAUCAAAACAAGGAUGAAAUUGAGACUCUGGUUGAAAACAUUAAGGAAACUCUGAAUUCACUGUAUCGCGUAAAGGUCAUACACUCAGCUGGGGUGAUCAUCGAAGUGAAUGAGACAAUGAUUUCUAAAAAGGCUAAGUUCAAAAUAUCAGAGAGUGGACCCGAGCUGAAUUAUGAUGAGGUGGCUGAAGGUGGUGCACAAAACUUCAUACUCCAGCUGUUACCACGGGUUAAUCUAAAAACCCCAAUCACUUACUUAAAGGAGGACAGUGAAGGGUGCAUGGGGGCCACAUUGGUGGAUGUGCCAGCAAACAAAGACGCCGAGUUUAAAACUGCCAAAGUGGUUCAGCUUGUUGAGGAUAUCCUCAAUCAAGACAACUCGCUGAGAAAAGGAUUGAUCAUUCAAGCAGACGUUAACAACUGUGCUGAAGUCAUUGUUUACUCCCUCUAUAAGUACUUUGAUAAGGAAGAUGUGAAGAGUUACAGCCUUCCACAAAGAGCAGAUGGAUCCGACAUGGAAAGCAGUGAAAAGAGAACCAUAAGCAGCCCCCAAGAAACCUCUCAAGACCAAACCAGGCCAGGAUCAAUAGGGCCUGAUGAAAAGGGGAAUGUAAAACUGUUUAAGAGUUGUAUUGAAAAAGGGGACUUGGAGUAUUUAAAGAGUCUUCGGUCUGAGUCAGCAGCUCAAGAAGAUAUACCUCCCUCAAGCCAAGCGGUGGCUGAACCAAGCAAAGAGCCGCUUCAUGAACAUUUGGCUGAAGAAAGCAGCACAGAGUGGGUCCCAGUGGAUGUAAAGAAACUAAAAAGUAUGUUCUCUAAAGAUGAAAGCCAUAUCCAGUCCACCACCAUGUGUAAAAGCCAAAACUCUGGUGAACGUAGUAUUUCCCACCCACAAGUACAGAAUACCUUAAGAGAGUGUGGAGCCCAAGCUCAAGAUGAAGUAUGUAACUUCAAUGUUGUAUCAUCAGUUAAAACACAGGAUGUCGGUAGGAUCCACCAAGCUGAACCAAUCAAAGUGACAGAUAACACCAAUGAGAUUUCUGACCCCCACACUGCAAGCCAUCAUCUCCAAGAGGCUGCAAUCAAGGAACAAUCAUUAGACACACAAAAAAUCCCUACUCAAGAGUCCUUUGGAAAUUCCACCGUCUCUUUCGCAGCAGAUAAUAUGCAACAUUCAACAACAGAAGCACUUCAAGAAAAUGUGAACCAAAAGGUGGAAACAUGCACAGAAUUAACCUGGAAUGAACUCCCACCAGCCUCAGAUGAUACAACAGAAAAUAAAUCAGUUUGGCAAUACAAAAAUACAGAGACAUACCAAGAAGUUGACAAUACUGCAAAAGUUGAAACUGCCGAUACUUGCAGCGAAGAGGAUCAGCAAUCCAGAGAAAAGUUGGAGAAAGAGCACAUGGAAACUUAUACAGCCUCUCCACACAGUUCAGAAAUAUCACCUGCACAAGAAGAAGAAGAGGAAGUUGUUUUUCAGGGUAAAAUCCAAGCAGCCUUGCAGUCUUUGGAGAGAUCCAAUGUUAAUGUCUCUAAAGGAGAUUUUAAAGCAGCCAUGAUAUACAGAAACUCUUACAAACCUCAAAGAGAAAUCCCCCAAAAUGUGCAGACAGCAUCCGUUCAAAAGUCGAACACUGAAGGGUUUUGCCCUGUGACUCAACCUGAAUCAGCUGAAGUUGUGCCAAGUCAAAAAGCAUCUGCAGAAACUUCUAAGCCUCCACAACCUGAUUCAAUGAGCAACCCAGCUGCGGGCGUUGUUUUAGGUAAAAGCAAAAGAUGUGUUGGCCCUAAACCAGCUAUUCCACCUAAACCAGAACAUUUGAAAGCAAAACAACGAGAUAGUCAGCCAACUACCACAAAGAAUCUGAACACAACCCUAAUUAAUAAACAGAGAACCAAAGAAACUGUUCCUGAAUUCCCUCAAGCAUCGCCAGUGACAUCAAUAUCAUGUAAAGAUGAAUGUAAGCAGGACCAGUUUAAAUCUAACGAGUCAGAGGAUCACCAAAGGAAUGAAUUAUUAGAUAAAGCUGUAGACCUGUUGCAGGAAACUGAACUGAGGCAUCAAGUUCAAGGUUUACCCAUCAAUGCAGAAAGUCAUCAACCGGAUGAGAGCAUCAUUAAUAGACAACAGGAGAUAAAUGUUACAGAAAAGGACAAUAACCACCAGAAUGAACCAGGAAUAGACAAUAAGAAUGAGAUUGAUGAAAACCGUGUAGAUUUUCAUGAAGCCUGUCAAAAAUUUGGAGGAACUAAGGAAUUAUUAAUAAAAACUGCUCCACCAAAGCCAAAGAGGGUAAGAAUUGCCAUUAUGGAUGACAAAAACCCAAAACACUUAGCUGGACAUAUUGUAGCAGAGUCACCUGUUUUAGGAAAUACACCUCCAAAGCCAGUACGACAUAUAGUUGAUCCAUUAUCCAACACCUGUGGGCUAACCACUGACAGCAAAGACAAGCACAAGAAAGAGAUGAUGGAAAUAAGCAAAGUUGAGAUGCGGGAAAAGAGAGGACGAAUCGAAUCAGAGGAUGAACGCCGACAGCGACUGUCAGUUCACAUGGAUGAGAUCAUGAGAGGGAACAUAACAACAGCCAUGGAAAUUUUUGACAACUUGCAGAAGCAGGAGCAACUGCAGAGCAUUCUCAGUCGAGUUGAAGAAAUUGAAAAGGACACAAGCAAGGUUGAUGUGAGGUCUCUGAGGAAAGUGUUUGAAAAUGUCCCUGACUGGGUUGUCAGCGCUGACAAAAAGAAGCAAAACAGGGUUAACACUGAAAACAGAGACAAAAGGGUGCCAUUAGAAAGGCACAGGACUGAAAGCCAGCCCUCAAUGGCACACGUUUACGGGGAUCUUGAGCGGGCUAGUGAAGAAAUAAUGAAUCUAAAAGAACAGACUUUAGCAAGACUUGUGGAUAUAGAAGAAUCCAUUAGGAAGGCACUUUACUCCGUCUCAACACUGAAGUCUGACUCAGAUAUUGCAGGAUUAUCAUGUCUUUUCAAAGAGUCAUUAGGGACUGUGCAAAGUUCCUCAUCUUCUGGCAAUAUUAGCAACAUUAGCAUCGGCUCAAGCAGAAUGAAAUCCCACGAUGCACAAGAGAGUUUCACCACACACAGAAACACAUCUACAGGUGCUGCACAAACUGAAAGAAUCGGAGAAGCUUCUGCAAAACAACCACCAAGUCCUCCAUCUACACCAUCGUUCAUCUCCAUACAGUCAGCAGCUAGAAAGAGGAAUAAUUCAGGAGUGGUGGCCCCAGCAGCCUCUAUCUGCCCAGCAUGUCAGCAGAUCCCAAAGACGGAAGAGAGAUUUCGGACAACCAAGACGCUGACAUGUAACAGCCCUGCUCAGACCAGAAAAACGGAUCCUGGAAAAGAAGGACAAAAACAACCCGCUUGCAGCCCACUAAACUCCAGUCGAGAGAUAAGUGUGCUGGAAGUGCAAACUGACAGCAAAGGGAACAGUGUUGUAGCAACAAAAUCAACUAAUAACUUUGGUAACCAGUGUUACUCCUCCAAAGCUGUCAUUGUUACUCAACCGGAAACUAUAGUAACAGCAAAUCAGGCCCUUAUCAGUCCAUCAAUAUAUCAGGUUACCAAUUAUCCAGAGGUCUAGCUACCAGUCAAUCAGACUUAUACCAUGGGAACUAAAUAGUGUUUUUGGUGUAUUUUGCAUUGUUAAUGUGAAAAAAUUAAUAUAUAUGGUCUUAUUUGUUUAAAAUAAUUAAGGAUUUAUGACAGAGCUUGUUUAUUGUUUGUUUCACAUUUCCUUAUUUAAUGUUUGGUCAAGUAUCUUUUAUCUAUUGUUUAAAUCUGUGUUUGAGUUGCAAUUUUGGUUUUAUUUUCCCCAGUGUUUCUGUAUAAAGGCUUUUUUUGGAAAAUACAAUUGUGGUUUCAACUAAGCUCAGUCUAAUUUUUUUUC